AUAGGGUCGGACUCAAACUGCAUCGCGCAGAGGUUUUCUCCCUCAGGCUGAUCUCAGCGCUCUGGCCUUUGUGCUUGAUGCCCAUUGAAAAGCCAAAAAACUAUUGUCUCGCAAACUCUAGAAAUUCGCUUGAUGAAUCAUUCGACGUGGCGAAGCUACAUAGAAUUCCUUCGAGGCUUCUUUACAGCGUCCAGACUCUUCGAUUCUACUACACAGAAGUCCAACAGAGGCCUGAUAUUCCGAGACACACGUUCGUCACUUUGCCGCAGGACCAUUUAAAUGCUGGAAGUACGGGCUUCCGGACGAUCAUGCACCGAUUAGGGAGACGGCAACUUUGAAAGACCUCAAAAGGGAGCGAAGCUAUGCUUGCAACACUAUCGGCUAAUAUGUUGAGCUUUCGGCUAGGAAUCAUUUGGCCUUGUACUGCUUGGUUAACUUUUGCUCCGGGACUGCGGCCAUCUCGGUUGCUCUGCAAGGACUUCUGGCCAGUGAACGCAUUGAGAUGACUAGGGAGCGAACUCAUGCCCGACAUUUGUGGUACACGAGAGUCCUUCGGUCCAGACAGUCCGGGCGCUCUAGGCCAUCAGAAGAGCAGAUGUGAUCGACUCGUCAACACCUUCUUCAGACACGUCAAAGUCCUACUAUAGAGAGAGAACCGAUCGGGCCUGAAGACAGUGGACGAGCACAGAUUACUCCAACCCUUUGCGCUGUCCUCAAUCGGAUGCCUCCGAUGGUGACGGCGACGGUGACGUGAGACUCUCACCUCCGGACAUGCAGUGGCACGGUUUUUUUAUUCACUUACAAGUACAAGCGUCCUGCCAUUGAAAACCUUUCACAUUCACCUGUACAGUACUUUUCAGGGGUAUCCAAUCUAGAGCGACAAUCCACCUCCAAUCCUGGCAGCGACGGGGCUAUCGUUACCUCUUUCAGAAGUCAAAUCCAGUCAGUAGAAUGUUUGUGCCGAAUUAGAUUGGCCCAGAUUGCACGUUUCUUUCCACGGCCGGAGGAAAUAGCGAGCGUUCAGGAUUUAGGGUUCAUCUCCCCCUCGAAUCCCUCUACUGUACUCCUUUGCCUCGAAUUUCCCGGCACCCCUUCCCGUUCGUUAACGCUCGCUCUUCCCCAGAUGAACCCCACGAGGGUUCAGAGUGAUAGACAUGGAGAUCAUGAAGUGCUUCAGUACUGAUUGAUGAGUUCUUUAUUUCUGUGACAUAGAACUUG